CUUAAACCCUAAUUCGGCUGUCUAGGAAAAAAAAAGAGAAGCCUUUGUGUUCUUUUACAUCUCACUUAACAAAAUCCCAUUUGAGAAAGUUCUGCUAAAUAAGAAAUGGCUUCUCCUAGUCCUUAUCCCCCCGGCGUUACUAAGGAACAGGCGAUUAGUAUGGCACAAAUGGAGAUGGAGUAUCGGGUGGAACUCUUUAACAAGCUUGCUCAAACAUGCUUCCACAAAUGUGUGGAUAAAAAGUACAAGGAAGCUGAGUUAAACAUGGGUGAGAAUAGUUGCAUUGACCGUUGCGUUUCCAAGUACUGGCAGGUAAAUGGAAUGGUUGGACAGCUUCUAAGUGCUGGCAAGCCUCCGAUGUAAUCCAGUUUAAGUCAAUUAUUAUAGACCAAAAGAUCAUGGAGGGAACAAUACUCUGUUUUUUUUGUUGUUCUAAAGCUAUAAUAUUGUUUUUUAUUGUCAAGCGAGUCGCAUCACAUUUUUGGCUCUGAUUUGGACAAAUAAUGCAAAUUCUCUGUGAACCCAUUAUUUCUGAA